AUGAAUUCUAAUUUUUUCAACCAGCAGAACAAAGAUGAUAAUACUCCGAAAAACCCAUUUUUGAAUACGCCUUUCGGAUCCCAACAGAAUACCUUUGGAAGCCAGAUGAACAAACCCAGCAUAUUUGGGAACCAGCCUCAGCAGACGGGAGUGUUUGGGGCUCAACAGGCUGGGGGAGUGUUCAAUCCCACACCGUCAGCAGGAUUCGGUGGAAGCGGGCAGAGUUUCAGCACACAGGGGUUCCAAAGUAAACAAGACCCGGGUACAGUAUUCGGAUCUCAGAAGCCGCAGGCACAGACAACUCCCUUGUUUGGAAAACCUGGAGAUUUUCAGCCGGCAGGAAGCUCCUCGAUAUUUGGAACACAGAAUGCCUCGCAGGUAUCAACAAAUCCGUUCAAGCCUCAGGCAGCAAUUCCAUCUUCCUCCGGCGGAUUUGGCACACAGCAAUCAAACAGCACAUUUGGAACGCAGUUUCAGCCUCCAGCAGGAAAUGCAUUUGGAGCACAGGCAGCCAGUCAACCUGCUAACCUGUUUUCGAGCACUAUGCAAAGCUCAUCUCCUAUUGGAAUUCCAUCUACUCAGAACCUAGGGAGUAUAGGUUCCCUGGGAACAACACAAGCAAGCGGGUUUGGAGCUCCACAGUCCCAGAUAGGAGCUCAAGGUCCAGGCAUCCAGGGACAACAGGCGGGACCAGGGAAUCAACAGGCCUCGAAUUUGUUUGGUAACACAUCGUCGGUUACAGUACCCACAGCUGAGACACAAAAUGUCUCGUCCUCAUUUGCUUCAACGCCAGGGGCACAGCUCAAGGGUGACGGAACAUUUAGCUCCUCAGCCCCGCUGUCUGGUUCACAGUCCUUGCCCCAGGCGUCUGAGCCAAAGGACGCAAGUCCCUCUGGAAGAAAGCCCAGGAUAUCUGCAUCUGUUUUCAAUCACCCGGUGGGAGAGAAGAGCGUAAGUUUCAUACAGAUGACGCUGGGAGAGAUUAUACAGCAGCAAGCAAGAAAGCUUGAAGAGAAUAUAAAGGUUUUCAAAGAAAAGGCAAGAGAGGUUUUUGAGCAGGAUGAAAGGAUAAUCAGAUCGCUGAACAACUACAAGCUAAUUAGAAACAGGAUCGAGGAGGAGGAACGUGUGAUUGCAGAGACAGAAGAAAAUGUCGAGUUUUUUGAGAGAUGGCUUUGUAACUUUCAGGAGGAAGUUCCUCCGAGUGCAGGAGACGAGCUCUUAACAUGCAUUAAGGAGUUUGAAAGAGUGUGUGACAAAUACAACAAGACUAUUGAAACGCUUAAGGACGAGGAAGAUGAAGUCAUGUGCCUGGUGAAUGAGAACUACAACCUGAUUACCACUAUCGAAGAAAAGCUCGAGAUUCUUGAGAAGUAUUGA